AUGGACGAUACGUCUCCUGCUAACAGCUCCCCCGCACCUGUCACGCAGCGGUAUGGUAGCGGUACACCAUUUCAGCACCGUCCCGAUUCGGCUCUUCGAAACUGCGGACUGGUCGACCUUCUCUCUGGCUCUGCAGCUGUCUCACCUUCUACAACACCUCACACACGCAGCGAGCUGCACAGUCCGAAGCACCCUCGACCAACUUCCGACCACCUCACCCCCCGGCUACGAUCUUCAUCAUGGUCAUGCUGCAGACACAACUGUAGGGGUGCAUCAUCCCUGUUCUCUCCCCUUGAUGCCCACACCUCCAGCAACUUCUCUCGAGUCUCGACUCUCGUUCGCCGACCACCAGUUUACAUCCCCCACUGCUGUGAGGAUGAAGCAUACGCAGCGAUGAAGCUGGCCCUCAUCUCAGUCUCGUCUCUGCUCCCCUGGGCGUCUGUGUUCUCCUUCAGCCCCCAGACCGACUUCUUCCAACGCCGGAGCAUCAACUCUGGCAAUGAUUGA